AUGACGCCAAAGUGGAAGCGAGGAGCCAACGACAAUGCAGUCACACAUCCGUCCAGUAAACGAUCAGCCAUUGAUCAGAACGAUAGGGACUUUUCGGACCAAGAAGAAAUUGAUGCGGAGCUCUCAAGUAUCAACAACUUGCUUGAAGAAGAAGAGACAUCGCAGAAACAAACGUGGCAAAUUGGCAAAAGGGUAAAAAAGUUAUUGGAAAAUCAUGAAAACCUACCCAUUUCCAAGGAAUUAGAUGCCUAUUUUCUAUGGGGUACAGCAUUAACACGCCUUGCGUCCUUAAAUGAAGACCCAAUAUUAGCAAAUGCAGCUGUGGACAAGUUUGAACAGAUGAUACAAUUAAAUCAUGACAAACAAGAUACUGCUGAAGAAGAUGCAAUUGAUGAAGCUUUAGGUCCUGUGGGUUUCUCACUCUGGGGCUCAGCAUUGCUCAUUAUUGCAACCGAGACACUGAAUGAGCAAGUUUUAGAUCAAGCGCUUACAAAGUUGGAGCGAGCUAUUCAAGUGGAUGGAGGAACGACAUUUGAAACGAGGUUUCAAUUUGCAAAAGCAUUGAAAGAAGGAGCUUUACAAGUUUGUAGCACGUUGCAAGACAUUUAUUCAAUCGAGUUAGAGAAAAAUAAGGUACAAGAAGGGAGUGAUGAUGAUGAUCAGGUGACAAGUCAAGACUUUGCUCAAGUGAAGCUGCUGGAAGCAGUACUGCAAGGUCUACUUGAAGACUCUGGCAGUGUUGAGGAUUUUUGUCGGACCAUUACACUUUAUCAGGAAGCUAGUGUGCUAAGUCCUGAAAGUGCUGAGGCAGUGAUGGAAAAGACUAAUUAUCUAGCUGCAAGGUGCUUAGCAAAAACUACUUUGGGCGCCAAACCCACGGUCCAAGAGUGGACCAAGCUGUUUGACAACCUGGAAGCAGAAUACAAAAGCUUGUUGAUUGCUGCUGGUUUCGAUUUGAUAGAAUGUCAUUAUAUCUGUCAUCGUAAGGAUACUCAUAACCAAGAGGAGCUGGAAGACGAAGAAGUUGACGAAAGGGUGCCACAUUUGCUUAACACGCUCGGGAAGGGUCUAGCAGCAUUUGUGCGGUCCUUUCCACAUUUAGAUUACAACACCGGUCAACGACAGAAGAAAAAACAAAAGCGAAAGCGUCAUGAGGUGGCUGGAAACGCCCGCUUCACGCAUGCAGUUGAGGUAUUACGCACUGCUCAUCACUUCCACGACAAGCUCGGCAGUUAUUACCUGGCUUGCUUGUAUGCAUCGCCGGCGUUCGAAGACGAAGCGCAAUGUCGUAUCUGGCUUGAAACUGCAGACAGCUAUGGUGCUCUGGAAGAUGAAUUUGACGCACAAGAGUUUUCUACAAUGCACAACAAGACGUGGUUCAAGCGCUUGACUGGGCCGGUAGUGCAACUAGAGGAAGUCGAUGGGUAA